UACUAGUCUAGUAGUCCCAGCCCUUGGAUUCGUCUAAUUUUGUCUACCCCUUUUUAAAAAAUCUGUAACCUUUUCGUAUGUAUUCCUUACUUUCAUGUACAAAAAUGUUGUGUGCAGGAUUAAUGCAGCGUAAGCUGAGCCUGGGUCUUUCGCAAACUCUAAGUUUGAUCCCCAAGAAAUUGUAUUCUGAGGAGAAGAAACCCCCAAAUGUUUUUCUCUGGGGCGGGGGACUAGGCAAGCUGCAAGGGGGUCUGAAGGAGGAGGAGUACUUUAUUUCCCUUACCCAGAACCUAAUGUGCAAGAUGCGGGACAAGAAGGAUCCCGUGGACUACAUGCCUAAUUGGGAUGAGUUCCAGAAGACCCUGGAUCACGCAUCUCUGGGCAGCUCAUCGUUUAUGAACAAGCACAAGAAUGUGCUCGAGGAGGCUUUUUUCCUAAAUGAAACCGCUGAUGAUUUUAAAGUAUUACACGAUCGUGCCCAAGAAGACCCAGAAGUCAUAAACAAUACUACCACCAUAUUGGAAUUGAAAUCAGAUCCGCAAAACACAAAAUAGUUAAUUGUUUCUGUUAAUUACUUCAUUCAUUACUUCAAAAGCUCAUCAUCUUCGCUUUCCCAAAUGGCACACUGCGCAAUAAAAUUGUUAGUUUUCAAGUUCAAA